GGGUUUAACAUGUCAUAGGGUCAGACACACCCAGUACGUUGGGAUCUAUAUAGUGAGCUACUGUUCUCUAUUGUUCUCAGUUUAUGGAGGCAAGUGACCAGAAACAGCAUGUCAUCCAUUGGCAAGCAGCUGUCUUCCAUCAGCUGUGCAGGCAAGAAGCCACCAUCACCCUACCCUGACAUGAGACUGGUUUUGCUUGGGAAGACUGGCAGCGGAAAAAGCUCUACUGCCAACUCCAUCUUGGGCCGUAAGGUCUUUGAGUCAAAGGUUGGCAGCUCCUCUGUCACCCAACGCUGUCGCAGGGUCUCUGGAGAAUUUCGUGGGCGACGCCUGACACUCCUGGACACUCCGGGGCUUCUGGACACUUCUCAGACUCCACAGGAGGUUCAGAAGGAGUUGAGGAGGAGUGUUAGCCUCCUAUACCCAGGGCCCCAUGUGCUCCUUCUUGUUAUUCGGAUUGGGAGAUUCACUCAGGAGGAGAAGGAGGUGGUGCGGCAGAUCAAACAGGCAAUGGCUUCUGAUGCUUUGAAUUUCUCUGUGGUGGUUUUUACCCAUGGAGACCUUCUGGAAGAAGGGACAUCAGUGAAGCAGUGUCUGAUCGACGGGUGCAAGGAUCUGGCUGAUCUGGUGGCCGGAUGUGGGGGCAGGUACUGUGUCUUCAACAACCAAAGCAUCAAGAACAAGGAGCAGGUAUAUGAGCUGCUUGCUUUAGUGGACAGCAUGAUGCAGGGAAAUGCAGGAAUGUUCUACAGCAUUAAGAUGCUCCAGAAAGCAGAGGAGGACCUAGCUCAGGAGCUGCAGGAGGAGUGGAGGCUGCUGAAUGAGAAGGAGGAGCUUUUAAAAAAGAAGCAAGAGGCAGAAAUACAAGAGUUGUAUGAACAAAAGCUAGAGAUGGUUCAGCAAAAAAACAAGAGGGAGAUGGAGGAGCUGAGGAAAAAACAAGAGCUGAAGAAGGAGGAAGAGGAGAAACUGGCAAGAGAUCGGGAGGAGGCCUUUCGACGAGAGAUGGAGGAGAGUGACAAGAAGGAGAAGGAGAGGCGGAUACAAGAGAUGGUGAGAGUGAUGGAGAUACGUAGAGAGGAGGAGGAAAAGAGGGAUGCUCUCCAAGAAAAGCUUGACAAAGUUAUGAAAAAGCUGGAGGAGCAGGCGGAGCGGGAAGAGAAAAUAAGAAGAGAGAUGGAGGAGAAGAUCCAAAAGGACAGAAUAGAAAAUGAAAAGAAGGAGAAAGAGAGGGAACUGAAGCAAACACAGAAAGAGCAUGCCAUGAGGCAGAGUGAGGAAAUGAAGAGAGACGCUUUGCAGAAAGAGCUGGAUAAACUCACCCAGAGCUUGGAGGAUCAGAUCAGGAAGGAGGAGGACAGGAAAAAGCAAAUGGAGAACCUGCUCAGACGUGAGAGGGAGGAGAACCAGAGAGAAAGGGACAUACAGAUGGAGAACCAGAGAGCGGAGAAAAGGAGAACCAUGGCCCUCAUGCAGGAGCUAAGACUCAUCAGGAUGAAAGUUGAGCAACAAAAAGCGAUCAAAGACAAUCUCAAGAGACAGGUGGAGGAGGACCUGCGGAGGGAGAGGGAAAAGUGCGACAGAGAAAUUUCUCUGUUGAAAAAGCAGUGCGGAAAAAAGUGUUCAGAGCCGUGCAACAUGACAAUGGAGAAGAAAUCUGCAGAGAGACACAGCACAGUGACAACUGUGACUGGAUAUAUGCAGGAAAUGGGACUGAUGGGACUAAACGCAGCUUUAGAGAGUGUUGGAGCUCCCUGCUGUAUACAGUAACAACAUGAAGAUUUCUAUAGUGGAUUUAUUAUUUUACAGGACAAAUGCAUUCAUUAUAACAGUAGCUUUUUUAUGCAUAUGUAUAUUAUGACCUUACUAACUACUAAUUAUUCAGGAAUGUAAAGGUUCAAUAUGUUAUGACUGAGAAUUAUUAUUAGAUUCAACCAUUAACUCACAGUUGGAAAAUGAAAGGAAAUUAACAUGAAAGCAUUUCAUUUCAACAAAUGGAUUUAAUUCCAUUGUGUCCUAAAUCAGCAAAUGCACCAAAAUAGUACAAACUCUCCAAAAUGAUGGAGAUAAUCUGAUUAUCAACUCCCCGCCCUCUGCUUCGGACUCUCUGUCUCUGUCUCCAUCAUCUAAAUCUGUAUUCAAACAAAACCCUGUUGCCAUUAAUAAAGAUCAAAUAUUACUUGAGUGCUAUUUUAGUGUCCCUCACCGGUGCUCCAACUUCAGCUGAGCCAUCUGGUUCUGGCCCCGACCAAAAAGUCUGCUUUAAUCCUGCAGCAUGUCCUGUGUGUGCGUGUGUGUGUGUGUGUGACAGAGAGAGCGAGUUGUGGGAAGAGUGGGUAUUAAAUUUGGAGUGUGGUGUCAUAUCAGUAUGUUGUCUGAACAAUACUAUGAAAAAUACCUUGAAAAUAUAUGUACAAUAUAUCUCAAUGAUAAUGAAAGAGCGGUGUACUUUUUAAAAGAAAUAGUUAGUUAUAUGUGGAAAGGAACUAACUGAGGUUCACAGUACAAAGUAUAAAUAAAAGUGUAUAAAGAAUGUGCAAUGUACACCUCACUCAUCUCAGCUGCACUACGCAAGCUGAGAUUUAAGUGAGCACGACAGCUUAGGGCUGGUACGGGAUGCCUGACUUGAGGAUUCCCUGAAACAUGCUGACAAGUAAAAAUGUGCUCAGCCAGAGACUGGGUCUCAUCCUAGGAGAGGUCGUGAGGGGAUAAAAAGAGGGGCGCCUGAAUCAGACGUGCAUUACAGAUUUAUUAAACAUGGCAAUCUGAGGGAUGAAAGAACUGAGAAGGUGAGGACGCAGAUAUUGAUGAUAAAGGCCUGAUGGGUACUACUCGCCACAGGGUUGAUGAGCUUAUUAAUGAAUGUCUGGGAUGCAUUAAUCAAAUAACAACUAACUGGGGUGGUUAAAAUAUUAGCGGGACUGAUAAUGAGAAAUACUUGUUGGACUAUCAAAGAAAAAGGAGAAAAGACAUUGUAUGAGGCAUCACAGAUAUCUCGAAGUGCUGGUAAUUCCUGUCACUUACAACUGUUCAUCAUGUUACUACACUGACAGUUAGUGUGUGAGUGUGUGUGUGUGAGUGUGUGUGUGUGUGUUAUA